UGUUUGGACUAAUUAUUGUGAGUACACGAGAUAUAACAAUUAAGGUUGUCUUAUGACCGCAUUGGAGUAAUGCACUGGAAAGAAUAACGUUGUUUUCAAUUGAAAAACAUGGAGGUAUCCGGAAAGACCAGAGAUAGAGCUCAAGGUCUUACGUCAUCUUCGGGAUCGUCUAAAUGUCAUGGAGUUUUGUGUCAACCUUGUUCAAGCGAAGGGGAGAGUUUUGAAGCCGAUGGUUUCUGUCAGAACUGCCAGGAGUAUCUUUGUAAAACAUGUAUCAAAUAUCAUCGCAAAGUAACUGUCAGUAAGCAUCAUACUGUUCUUGAUAAGGGUAAUAUGCCGACAAAUGUUGAACAACACACUUUCAAACAAAUAUGUACUUUAACCUGUGAUAAGCAUAAAUUAGAGAUAAUCAAGUACUUCUGCAAAGAACAUGACACAUCUGGGUGCGAGAAUUGCAUGGUGAUUGGCCACAAAACGUGCAAGGUUGAGUUUAUCCCGGAUAUAGCCGACGAAUUUACAAACGGAGAGGAAUAUAAAGCUAUUCUGGCUAAACUAGAGAAGCUCCAAGCAAAGGUUGAUUCCAAGAUAAUGGCAACAGAGAAAAGUAAGAAAGCAUGUGCUGAAGAAUUUGUUUUUGCAAUUCAAGAAAUCAAAAGGUUUCGAAAGGAGAUUGAAGAUUAUCUAAGCAAGAUGGAACAAUCAAUACUAAAGGAAUGUGAACGUCUCACUAAAGAAAAUGAAAAAAGUAUUAUUGAAAAUGAGGAUUUCCUGAAAACUAUCAAGUAUGAACUUGAUGACAUUGCUGAAUGUUUUACGUCACACUCAAAGAAAACCGCUGACCUGUUUGUUGAAGCAAAGCAAACAGAAGCUCGACUGAGUCAGUUAGAGCAAGACAUGAAACAAAAUGUAAAUACGGUAUUCACUGAGCAUAUGUUUGUAUGUAACAGUAAUUUGGACGCGAUGGUUUCUGAAAGUUGGGCUCUGGGAAAACUUUCUUCACAUACUUCUUGUUACAAUCCUUCAAAGGAAUGCAGCAUUGCUGUAUUUAAACCAGUAUUUUCUAGUGAAAUAAAUGUUCAUUCAAAUGCUGACAAAAACAAUGCCAUUGUUUCAAACAUGCUUCCUUUAUCAUCAGACACAUUUUUAUGCGUAGAUAAUAGAAACAAGUCCGCUUUAAUGUUAGACAUGAAACAAAAAUGUAUUUCUUCACGGAUUAUCUUGAAAUGUAUGCCGUGGGAUAUUACGCUCGUAGCCACUAACCAGAUUGCUGUUACAUUGCCACAUUUGGAACAAAUUCAUCUUAUCUCAAUAAUUGAUGAGAAACUGACACCAUUCAGGGAAAUUAAAGUCAGCGGAGAAUGUAGAGGGAUAGCUCACUACCAGAAUACAUUGGUGGUAUCUUUUGUCGAUCCACCAAAACUGCAAAUUUUGACACUGGACGGAGUUGUUGUACGCAAUAUUACAGCUGCUACUUUAGGUUGGCCUGGUUGUGUAGAAGUUAACGUGUGUGGGAGUAGUUUCUUUGUAUCUGAUUAUAGAAAGUCUUCAUUGAUGAAAUUUUCGUUUGAUGGAAAAUUACUUGCAACUUAUCAGGACGAAAGUUUUCAGGAUCCGAGGUCAUUUACCGUUUGUGAGGAUGGUUCAGUUCUUGUUUGCAGCAGUGGAAAUAAUACCUUACAUCUAGUUUCGCAGGAUUGCAGAAAAAUCAAAAUCUUGCCGAUUGAGACAGAUAAGCUCGACUGUUUGCAGUCUGUCUGUUUUGAUGAUGCAACUUCCACUUUGUAUCUUAGUAACUAUUCUGGAAACUCCAUCUUGGUAUACAAGAAGGCAUUGCUUUAACGACAACUGUUCUAGAUUACGCUACUGCAUGUGAGCUUUUCUUAAGUAAAGGCAAAGUCAGUCAGUUAGUUAUAGAUACUUACAUAUUCUUAUCAUUUUUGUGUCAGAUAUUUAGAAAAGAAUAAUGGUAUACCCUAAAAAAUUGACCUUUGUUAUUUCACAGGAUUUCCGUCUUGUUUAUUUCUAAUUAAUUAAGGUAGCCCAUGGGUAAUGGGAACCAUAAGGAACUGUAAAAUUGACAAUAUAGGAUAUUUAUAUGUCUUCAAGGUCACCUGUAUGCAAAAUUUAAAUAAAAUUUACCUUGUGGUUUAUGAGUUAUGGAUAUAUUUCUGAACUAAGACUUUGCCAUUAGAAGGGCUUAUUUUCAGAAAUGAGGAAACUAUAAAUAAUCUGUAAUAUCAUCAUUAUAAAAAUGUUUUUCUAUUGCCCAUUGUUAAGAAACAAUAAUAACAUUCAGGUAACAAAUUACACAAAAUGUUUGUUUCUAAACAAAAUGUUCUUAAUAUGUAUAAAAAUGUUACCCUACCCAACCCACUUUAAACACUAAUUUUACCAUUUCCCUAUCUAAAAUGCCUUAUUCAAAAUAUUUCUAAAAUUUACCAUAAUG